AUGGGUUCCGAAGAGGGCUCAACAAACGGAGGGCCCACGAUGGCGUCCAGAGAGGAACAUCGACGUCCGAGCGCGUUCCAGUUAUUGGCCGUCGAACUUCAACACAAGAUCAUCCCGCACCUCGAUCCGAUUGGCCUCGUGUCGCUUAGCCAAAGCUGCCGAUACUUCAGUCGCCUUAUCGAUCCGAAGAGGAAGGAUUUUGCAGAAAGGCUGCUGCAAGUAGAAUGUUCCGAACGCUACGGAGGCAUGACACCACUGUGUUACAUAACGAAGGACGGAAAAUUCAAGCCGAUUUGGGACCUCAAUGAUUGGGAGGCUCAUCGGUGGGCAUGCACAGCUUGCGUGAGCCUCCUCCCACAUACAGACUUCGACAAUCAUUACAUUCUGGGAAACGCGUAUCGAAAGCCACCGUUUUCAUCCCCGGCUGCUAACCCCACGACCUCUUGGCUCCCUUCCUUGCGUGAGAAAGUCAGGGGGCGAAGCACAGAGUCACCAGAGCAAGUUGAGUGGGGAGACAAUGGACUUGAAUUUGACGAUGCAGAGAAUGGAUUCGAAGUGUCCGACCAGGGCAAUAAGUCUUCAGGGCACGCCUGCAUUGGCUACAGGCGAUGGCGGCGUAAAUGCAAUGAGUGCCGGUUUCAGGCAGGAGAGCUUGGACCCAAGCGCUCAGUUGACGACAGCUCAGGAUUUCCUAUGUACAAAGGCGGCACUCACAAUGUCCCAAUACAGAAAUCUCGCGGGCUCUACUUCGAAUCAUGCUUUGAUCGCUGGUUCCCAGACCUCUCGGAUGUGCUUUCACCUUUCUUUCGCCGGCCUUCAUCCUUAACAGUCCCAGGACGCCCGGCCGAGUUGGAUGUCACCGCACUGCGAUGGACGACGUACAUGAUAAGAUGCCCUUGCUGUACCAGAUGGCAGGAAAUGCGCAAUUUCAGAUUUGGAAGUGUGAAAAACAAUUGGUUCCCGUACCACCAAGGUGACGGUGUGGUGGCAUCCGAGGCGUACAAUCAGGCCAGUAUGGCCUGGAAUGUGUCAGUCAGGACACAGCUUGAUGACCUACUAUGCAACCGAUGUUUUAUGAACGAACAUGGAGCUCAGGCUUUGGCUGUGGCCUUACUCGAAUGGCUUCAGAUUCCUAUGCUGAAAUACCGCCAACAACUUGAGCAAAGACUCCGCACUCCAACCCAGGAGCUUGAGAGCUUCACAAAGUACGACUGGGAUCUGAAAGGGAUGGUGGCAGAACAACAAGAGGAUGUUCGGCGAGAUCAUUCUGGACUUCUCCGUUAUGUCGAUAUAAGGUUGUUCCAGCGACAUCAUGACCAAUUCCGUGAAUUUUGGGACAGAAAGAGACGAAGUGGCAGCCGCAACCCUUUCGGCAACAGACCCCCGCCGCCCCCAGAGCAGAUUUCACGUUUCAGGGCUAUGACUUUAAUGUUUGGCUGUAAGCUUUUGCCGACCCUGGAGAGGAAUAGGCGGAUAUACACGUGGAAGGAGCUCUUCAACAUUUUUAGGUCUCACUGGGAGUUCGUGAUUGACUGCGAAGAGGAGUUCAAAUGGCGGCCUCAAUUGCUGGUAGACUGGACAAUGCGUCGGGACGAUGUAUCAUUGGUAUGA